AUGCUCGUUGCUAGUGCUGGAGACGACGACGGGUCGAACGGCGGAGAAAGUGGUGGCGACAGUAGUGGUAAUAGCGGGUUACCAGCACACGAGCGCUGCAGCCGAUCGACUGCAGCUGGACGCAAUGACCAUUUGACACGUCAAAAACACGGUCAACUGACCAUUGACGGCGUGUGUACGGAUGCCGAAACGGGUGAGCUUCGUGCAGCUUCGAAAGGUGAUGAACAAACCAGAGGUCAGCUGUCCGGAGUGCAGGACACUUGUUCCGAAAAGGAGCACAGUGCUCUGACGCGUGCGUUCUUGCAAUACGGAAGUCUCCAGUCCGAGCCAAAAAGUCAUGGCGCUACUGCAGGGUCCAAUGCCAGACAGCUGCAGUCAGGUCUGCACCAAUUCCAGAGUUCACAUGGAGCAGGGAACAACGUCAAGAAGAAGUUGAAUAGCCUGCAGGAUGCUGCUUACUGGAGGGUGCGGACCUCGCAGUCUACAUCGGACGAGUCUGGUGACGAUUCGGAGACAUCGUCGAGUUCGUACAGCUCAUCAGGCAGUCCCGUGAAGACAGCGACGAUUCCGAUCCGCUCGUUAUCGUUUUCGGUUGCGGAUCGAGUAGAGUCGCAGCUUCUGGUCCCGAGUCAGCCGCGCAGAACGCGCGAGGAACUUCCGCUGCUUGGACCACUCGCUCGAAGCUUCGACCCGGAUAUUGAGUCGAGGGGUCUACUUGCCGAGUUCAAGCGCGAGGCAUGUGUCGACACGAAGGCGGAAGUGUGGAAGCUGCUGACGUUGGCGUACCCCGUCACGUUGGCGUACGUGUUGGAGUUUACGCCUGAGCUGGUGAGCAUGACGUUGGUUGGCCACUUGGAUUCGCCAUUGACGAAACAGUAUCUGGAUGGUGUGGCGCUCUCGACUAUGUGUAUGAAUCUGACUGCAAUUGGAGUCGGCUUCGGUCUCGCCACAGCCAUGGACACGCUAUGUUCGCAAGCGUAUGGCGCUGGGAAGUCGCAGAAACUCGGCAUCUACCUCCAGAGUGGCUUGAUUGUGCUGGGGUUGGCACUGAUUCCUGUUUUGGCGAUCAACUGGUAUACGGAAGCCAUUCUGCUCCUGAUCGGUCAACCGGCGCAAGUGGCGAAGUUUGCUGGACGCUUCAGUCGGAUCCUGCUUGCUGGGAUUCCAGCCAUGUACGUCUACGAGAUGGUGAAGAAGGUGAUGCAAGCCCAGAAUGUCGUGCUGCCUAUGGUGUACAUCGCUGUGAUCAGCAACCUCGUCAAUCUGCUUCUGGGCGUCUACCUCACGUUCUUCACGUCGCUGGGGUUCGAUGGUGCAGCCAUCGCGCGCUUGUUGUCCCAAGUGGUGCUCCCGCUGUGUUUCAUCCCGUAUUUCAUCAGCGACCCGCAUCUUUCCACCGAGUGGUGGCCCGGCUGGCAACUGCAAGAAGCGGUACGUCAUCUCAGCACCUUUUUGCGGCUUGGUCUACCAGGCGCUGCCAUGAUGUUGCUGGAGUGGUGGUCGUUUGAAAUCAUGGCGGCUUUCGUGGGCUUGUUGCCUCACAGUGUCGUUGCUAUCAGCGUGCAUUCGGUCUUGGUGAACGUGUCGACGUUUGCGUUCAACUUUUUCCUGGGCAUUUCCGUGGCAGCUAAUGUCCUUGUGGGCAACUACACUGGCAGCAACAAACCACUUCACGCCAAGACGGCAUCGACUGUGGGCAUGAUACUAUCCGUGUCGUUGUCGGCAGUGAUUGCUGUGCUCGUGAUCGCGACGCGGUAUGCGAUCCCCGAGAUCUUCAUCAAUGACGCUGCAUCCAUUGCAAUGGCAGGGCACGCACUGCUCGUUCUCAUGCCGUAUCAGAUGUGCGAUGCGAUGAACGCAGUGAUGCAAGGGGUGUUUCGCGGCACGGGACGGCUCAUGCUUGGCGCUUACAUCAAUCUGUUUGCGUACUUUGUCGUCGGUCUCCCCUUUGGCGUGUACCUCGCGUUUCGGAUGGACAUGGGCGUGGAAGGCUUGUGGCUCGGCCUCACUGCCGGCAUCUUCGUUGGCUGUGUCGUGUCGCUCGGCAAGAUCUACGGGACCAAUUGGACGAGCAUGGCGGAGGCUGCGCGCGUGCGCACGGGCUGA